AUGAAAAACAAUUCACAAGAAAGACUGAGUGAGAAAUUUAAACAAUUACAUGGAUUUAAUGGUUUACUUCACAUGCAAGACAGUUAUAACAGAAUUUAUGAUAUAAUGUCAGGUGUUAUUGAUGCUGUGAAAAAUUUUGGAAUUCCUUAUAGUGAAGAUUUUAAUGGUGAGAGACAAAAUGGAUUUACAAAUCAAGAGAGAAGAAGAUGUUCUUUGGCUGAAGGCUAUUUAAAAGAUGCGUUAAAAAAAGUCGAAUUACAUUCAGGUUCAGGACCUUAUAAAUUUGGGAAAAUUGUUGUCAUAGAUAUUAAAUCAUAUGCUCAUGUAUUAGAUAUUAUUUGGGAUGAUGAAAAUAAAAAAGAGAAUAUUGCAAUCAGUGUAAGAUACUUUUGUAAUGGUACAGUGCAUGAGGCCUUUAUUGCACCAAAAGGUGAAAUUAUUCUUUGUGGUGAAGCUAUUAAUAGCCCUCAGAUAUUGAUGCUUUCUUGUAUUGGACCAAAAGAAAAUCUUAAAGCAAAUAAUAUAAAAGUAUGUAAAGAACUGCCAGUUGGAAAAAAUUUAUCGGAUCAUCAAUCUUGUUUAUUUUCAGCAAAAGCAAAUCCAAAUAUUAUUCACCAUUGGAGUAGUAGACCUGAAAUUGGAAUAUUAUAUAAGGCUAAUAGCACUAACGGGGAUGAAAUUAGUAAUGAAGACUGGGAAAAAUUUGUUGUGAAAAGGACAACUACAGCAUUUCAUCCAUAUGGAACAGUAAAAAUGGCACCAGAAUUUAAAAAUGGUGUAGUUAAUUAUCGACUUCAAGUUUAUAGUAUGAAAAAUCUUCGAGUUGUUGACGUAUCGAUAUUUCCAUAUAUUCCAAGUAGAAACACAAAUGUACCAACAGCUAUGGUUUCUUGGAGAGCGAGUCAGUUAAUUAUUGAAGAUUACACGAAAAAAAUUGAAUGA